UAAACACAGCAGAGACAGAGCGGUGGGACAACCAGGAGGAGACAGAGCAGGAGCUGGCGAGCUACUCAGUGAAGAGAAGUAAAUCUAGAGAAACUAAAGAAGCAGAGAUCUAUUUAAAGUCAGAGACAGAGGAACUCUCACACAGUCGAGAGGAGAAAUGGAGACGAAACGAGUAAAGUUGGACCGUGAAACCUUCUGCUGUUCCAUCUGUCUGGAUCUACUGAAGGACCCGGUAACUAUUCCCUGUGGACACAGCUACUGUAUGAACUGUAUUAAAACACACUGGGAUGGAGAGGACGAGAAGGAGAUCUACAGCUGUCCUCAGUGCAGGGAGACCUUCACACCGAGGCCUGUCCUGGUGAAAAACACCAUGUUAGCAGAUUUAGUGGAGGAGCUAAAGAAGAGCGGACUCCCAGCUGCUCCUGCUGAUCACUGCUAUGCUGGACCUGAUGAUGUGGCCUGUGAUGUCUGCAGCGGGAGAAAACGUAAAGCCACCAAGUCCUGUCUCAUCUGUCUGGUGUCUUACUGUGAUGAACACCUCCAGCCUCAUUAUCAAUCCUCUGCCUUUUGGAGACACAAGCUGGUGGAGCCCUCCAAGAAGCUGGUGUUCUGCUGCCCUGAGCUCGUGGUGAGUCGACAAAACAUUCAGCAGAGAAUCCAGGACAGAGAGAAAAAUGUGAAGCUUCUUCAGCAGGAGCUGGAUGCAAUCAAUAGCUCUGCUGAUAAAACAGUGGAGGACAGUGAGAAGAUCCUCACUGAAAUCAUCACCCUGACCCAAAAACAAAUCUCUGAGCUGAAGCAGCAGGUCAGAUCUCAGCAGGAAACUGAAGAGAGCCGAGUCAAAGAGCUUCAGGAGAAGCUGCAGCAGGAGAUCACUGAGCUGACGCAGAAAGAGGCUGAGAUGGAGAUGAUCUCACUCAUAGAGGAUCAGAAAAAGUUUCGGGAAAGUUACUUAAGACUGUCAGGAGUUGGUGAAUCCACAGACGUAUCCAGCAUUAUAAUCCGUCCUCUGCGCUACUUUGAGGAUUUGACUGCAGCUCUUUCAGAAGUCAAAGAUGAACAACAGGACAUUUUGAGAAAGAAAUGGACAAACGUCUCACAGACAGUGACUGAAGUUGAUGUGUUACUGUCCGACCCAGACGCAGAGCCCAAGACCAGAACUGGAUUCCUAAGAUAUGCACGAGACAUCACACUGGAUCCAAACACAGCAUUUCCAGAGCUGUUAUUAUCUGAGGGGAACAGAAAAGCAACACUAGGGAAACCUCAGAAGUAUCCUGAUCACCCGGACAGAUUUGAUGUUUGGACUCAGGUCCUAAGUACUGAGUGUCUGACUGGACGUUGUUACAUAGAGGUGGAGUAUAGAGGGGAAGUUAGUCUGGCACUUGCAUACAAGAAUAUCAAGAGAAAAGGGGGUAUGAACUAUGUUGGUUUUGGCUACAAUGAAAAAUCUUGGUCAUUAAUCUGCGAAGAAGGGGAAUAUGUUUUUUCCUACAACUAUGAUUAUACUUCCAUCUCAGGUCCUCUGUGCUCCAGAUUAGGAGUGUACCUGGAUCACAGUGCAGGUAUUCUGUCCUUCUACAGCGUCUCUGACACCAUGAAACUCCUCCACAGAGUCCAGACCACAUUCACUCAGCCUCUCCAUGCUGGAUUUUGUUUUGGUAUCGAUAUUGGAGACACUGGUGAGUUCUGUAAACUCACAAAAAACGAUGAAUGUGAAUCUGCAACAACAAGUGGACUCCUUAAUUAGAUGACUGACAGAAAAACAACUGCUAACUAUUUAUACAAUCUCUUGAAAGCAAUUUGUAAUGACAAAAGGUCAGAAAGUACUGUACAAAGUACUGUGAAAGUACUCUGCUUUUAGUGCUUAUGAUGAUGUUUGUUUACCUGAAGUGGCGUUUCUUUGCAUGAAAAUGUAAACUCUGUGCUCUAAAUGUUUCAACAUUUGAAUUGAAGUUUCUGUAGGUUAUUACUUAUGAUCAAAAUGUUAAGGGGUUAAUCUGUUAUUUGUCUUUUAGAUAUUUGAGUAUAUUUACUGGUGGGAUGUGUGAACAAACUGUCUUUACAUAAUGAAUAAACAAACAUCAA